AUCACUGUAGGAUACCGGCGAAAUCUCACAGGAGAGAAUGUGAUCGGUGGAAGUAGAAGAAAAUAGAGAUAUUUUGCAGAGGGGAAGGCGGACACGGACGUGCGGAAAGCCCAUGGCUAAACGUUUCCACCAUUUUCUCCCACGCAACUCUCGCACGCUUCCCACAAUUCAUACUCGCUAUUUAUAGUAAUACCUCUCUCUCCUCAUUAUUUAGCUUUCUCGUCUCCAACCUCUCUCUUUCCUUUUUCGUAAACAAUGGAGCUUGAAUGAAAGGUCGCAGAAAACUUAGAUUUUGUUAGUAUUUUCUUAUGUUCAGAGCUCUUUUCAAUGGCGCUAUGUGGAAUUGGUUGGGUUCCAAGGGUGGAACGUGUUGAAAUAGUGUAUUUUAGUGGGAAUUUGUCAAAAAGACUGAUCAGAUCCAGUCCCAUACGUUUGAUUGGGAAGUCCUCUAGCUCGAAUCAGAGACAAUUUUUGGGUGUACGGUGCUCAUCAGCAAGAAAAGCUGUAUCAUCGAUGGAAUCCGAAGAAAAUGCUCGGAGUGCUCUAUUGGAUUCUGUGGAGGAAGAACUGGAGCAUGUUACGAGGUUCAAGAUAUCCGAUUUUAAGAUUCUUGAUUGUGUUAGCAUUGGCCUUGGUGGACGGGCCGAUGAGAUAAUUUUUGAAGCCUCAGUGAAGAAUGCUAAAAGCCCUCUGUAUGAUUCAAGAGUUGUUCUUCGACGGCUUACUACUGUUCAAGCCCAGCGCAGAGGAAAAAGAGCUAUUCAGGUGUUGAAGAAGCUAAUUCGUCGGAGACUUAUGUACCAUUCUUACUCAGUACAAGUUCAUGGUUACAUUUCUUCACCUACAAGUAGUGGUCGAGGUUCGUUUACCCUGGUCCAUGGGUAUCAUGGCAGUUUCUCCUUAAGACAUUGGCUUCAACAGUCAGAUUGGCUUCCGACCCUUGAAGCUACUCUUGUAUUGGAUGAAGAGUCUGUUAGGAGGGUGGGAGAUGACACAGUAGGAGGGCCGGCAGUUAGUCGGCAAUUGCGCCUUUUUCGAAUAUUGAUGAGGGAUCUUUUGAUUGGAGUGAAUUACUUGCACAGCCAUGGACUUGCCCAUACAGAGUUGAGGCUGGAGAAUGUGCACAUAAGCCCAGUGGAUAGGCAUAUUAAAGUAGGAAUAUUGGGAAAUGCUGCUGACUUUUAUGAGAACAGUUCGAAUUCUAGUGCUCUGGACAACAACUUGGAUAGGCGACAAAUGAUGAUUGCAUUUGACAUGAGAUGUGUUGGAUUUAUGAUGGCAAAAAUGGUGUUGCGGGAACUCAUGGAUCCCUUAAUCUUUACGAAGUUCAAAUCAUUUCUCAUGAAGGGAAAGGAUCCUUCAUGCUUGCGUGAAUUUCUUCUGAAAGUCCUUGGUAGGAAUUCCCCAUUGGGAAAUACUGGACUCCAAAUACUGGAUAGGAAUUGGGGUGCAGGUUGGAACCUUUUGUCCUCAUUGCUUGCAACCAAACCUUCCAAACGAAUAAGUUGUUUAGAUGCUCUUAGACACCCUUUUCUUUGUGGUCCAAGAUGGCGGGUAGUCCCAUCCAUGGAUAUAAUCAGAUGGGGUCUUGGUUCUACUGCUGUAAGGAUUACUGAGGAAUACAUUUAUGGCCAACAUCAGCGUAGUAGGCUUUCCUACUUCAUCGAGUUGAUGGAAAUGCUGAAUCCUAACUCAAAGCCAAAGAACUGGCUGGACUUGCUUCCUGGAAAAUGGCGGUUAGUGUACUGUACUGGGAGGCACAUAGGCUUGACGCUCCGCCAGCCUCCUGCCCGAGUCCUCAUUGGUGACGUGCACCUGAGUGUGUCAAGAGCAUCAAAGUUGAACACCAAUCUGUCAUUCACCUCAGACAUUGGAUUCACAGUCAUGAUUGGUCGGGUUUGGCCCCAUGACAAGACUGGCAUAAUUGGGAAAUUGCAAGUAGACUCGUUAUUCAGAUUAACUGCCGGAAGACGGCUGUAUCUUAAGGAAGAAAAGACCAAAGGAAACUUCACCAUGGGUCCAUCAAAUGUUCAAGAUUCUCUGGCUAAGAAAUUAGCAGGUAGAAAAUGGAGGAAAGCAAUCCCUUUUAAGGAGUUUCCAUCAAGCCUUCCAGUGGCCAAACUUGCUUCAGGAGACGUCGAGGUGAUAAUGAAUCUUGGUGAUCCAUUGAAUCAAGAUGUCGAUACUGCAAGAAACAUAGUGCAGGAAGUUCGGACACUACUCCCACCUGAAAUGUUUGAUUUGUCAAAGCUUGUAUGUGGAACAUAUGUGGACUCCAGGCUGCUAGUCCUGCGUGGGGUGAAUGGAUCAGCCCUCCUAUUCACAAGGUCUUGUGUCGAUGAAAGCAGUAGAUAACACUACUGUUGUUUAAGUGUAAAUAUCUGUUGUCUCAUCUGAUUUUCUUAUUCUGUAAUUAAUUCUUUUUUUCACUGCUAAAAGAAAGGGAAUGACUGAGAGCUACUCUCAAUUGCCACUGUCAA